AUGGCAUCGAAGGAAGAACCUACUGGUAAAGUAAGCAGUGAUGGAGAAGAUAAUACAGCUGCUGAUAUUUCUUAUAGAUGGGACAUAGAACGAAUUACACAGUACUUUGCAAGAAAAUUUGGUUUCCGCAGGGACGAGGAUAAGCUAGAAGAACCCACAGAAAAGAUUUUGGAAGAGUCUUCUGUAGAUGGAAUAAUAAAAUACAUUACAUAUAGCAAAUGCAAGAAUGUAAUUACAAUGGCUGGAGCUGGAAUAUCCACAUCUGCUGGAAUUCCUGAUUUUCGAUCACCAGGAUCAGGUCUUUAUCACAAUCUUGAGAAAUACAACUUGCCUGAUCCACAGGCAAUAUUUGAAAUAGGCUUUUUUAGAGAGAACCCAAAACCUUUUUUCACACUGGCAAAGGAACUAUAUCCUGGUUCUUUCAAGUCAACUGUGUGCCACAACUUCAUUCGGCUCUUGCAGGAAAAAGGGCUAGUGCUAAGGUACUAUACUCAGAAUAUUGACACUUUAGAAAGAGUAGCUGGAAUUCCUGGAGAGAAGAUUAUGGAAGCCCACGCAACAUUUCACACAUCUCAUUGCAUAGACUGUCACUCAGGUUACUCAAAGGAAUGGAUUAAAGAGAAAAUAUUUGCUGAUUCCGUCCCAAAAUGUGAAGAUUGUAACGGCAUUGUCAAACCAGAUAGUUUUUUUGGAGAAAAUUUGCCGACAAGAUUUUUUACUUUGAUGCAGAAAGAUUUUCUAAAAUGUGACCUUCUCAUCAUAAUGGGAUCAUCCCUUGCUGUACAGCCGUUUGCCUCUUUUAUUGAUAGAGUUCCAAGCAAUUGUCCUAGGAUACUUGUGAACAGAGAAAAGGCUGGUGAACGAAGUUCUCUCAUUGUGAUGAUGGGACUUGGUGGUCUUGAUUUCAAAUCCGAGUAUUCUCGUGAUGUUGCUCUACUAGGUGACUGUGAUUAUGGAUGUCAGUUGCUAGUAGACAAGGUUGGAUAGGGUGAUGAAUUAAGAGAAUUAUUUGCCAAAGAACAUAAAAGAAUAGAUGAGGAGAACAGCAAAAAUGUCAGUAC